AUGGCCCCGUUCCAGCAGCUCAAGAAGGCUCUGGAAAAGCGCUUCCCGGGACGCCUGGACAUGAGCGGCCAAGGGACCCGCGAGGUGACCGGUUGGUUCGAGGUGACCGUGGGCGGCCGCCUGGUGCACUCCAAGAAGAACGGGGACGGCUUCGUGGACACGGACGCCAAGCUGCAGCGGAUCGUGGCCGCCAUCGAGGCGGCCCUGGCCUAGGAGCGGCGUUCCCGGCGCGCGGCCGCCCGCUCGGUGACGGGAUCGGCCGAAACGUCCCAGGACACGAGGCCCUUCCCCGAUGGCUGCGGGCGCCGGCCGCCGCCUUCCCGCGCCGCUCCGCCGCAUUCCCCGAGCUCGGAAUGUGGGAAAAGGGAUAAACCUGGAGAAACUGCCCUGGCGACGCCGAUUUCCACACGGGAAUGGGGGAUUUCCACACGGGAUAUGCGGGAGAGCGGUGGCAGCGCCGCAUUCCGCACACAGCCCGUCCCGCGGAUGCCCAUGGGAUUCCCUCGGCGGGAAUAAAACACUGG